AUGUCCCUGCAAACCACACCGCUGGACGGCAAAUCAGAUGCAGUUGCUUCUUCGCAACGUCUUUCAAGAGAGGAGUACAAGAAACAACAACUCAUCGAAGAAGCUCGUAAAAAUGGUUUGAUCAUGCCGGAGAAGGAUGAGCAAGGAAGAGACAUCAAUCCGCAUAUUCCGCAAUACAUCAAGCAAGCACCAUGGUACGUAGACAAGGGUGCUCCUUCCUUGGACCAUCAAAGAUAUUUAGAACAAGAACGAGAGGAUUUUUCAAAUUGGUAUAACAGAGGAAUCAAAGUGUUGGCAUCAACAAAAUAUAGAAAAGGUGCUUGCAAGAAUUGCGGAGCAAUGACUCAUGCAACAAAAGAUUGCACAGAAAGGCCCCGAAGAAAGGGUGCAGCUAUCACCAAUCUCGAUAUUGCUCCUGAUGAAUAUGUUCAGCAGGUAGAAUUGAAAGGAUUUGAAGCAAAGAGAGAUCGUUGGAACGGUUAUAACCCUGAUCUGUAUUCUAAAGAAGUCAUUGAGGUACAUCAAGAAUUAGAACAAGAACGAAAGAAAAAUAAGGAUCGAAAACUUCAUGAAAAGAUGAUCGAAAAACAAAAAAGAAAAGAGGAAAUGAAAAAGAAAAUGAACGGAGAGACAAGUGACAAACAACAAGAGGAUGAUAACUCAUCAAGCGAUGAUGAUGAAUAUUUUUCUUCUUCCGACAGUGGAGAUGAAGAUUUGGAAUCUGCACGAAAUGGAAAGAAAGAAGUGAAAACAGCAAGUGUCUCCCAGUCAAUGCGUACACGUGAGGACAUUCCUAAAUAUCUUUACAAUUUGGAAUUAGAUAGUGCUCACUAUGAUCCAAAAACUCGUUCCAUGAGAGGAAAUCCUUUACCUUUUGUUGAUCCUAGUGAAGCAACGUAUAUUGGCGACAAUGCAGCCAAAAAAACUGGAGAAUAUCAAGAAUUUAUACAGGCUCAAAAGUUUAUGUGGGACGCAGGCAAAAGAGGAGAGGAUAUUAACUUAACUGCGGUUCCUACUCAAGCUUUCAUGGGCUUUUCAAACUUCCUUACAAAGAAAAAAGAGUUGGAAGAUUCUAGGAAAAAAGCUGUUAUUGAACGAUAUGGCGGAGAAAAAUUCCUUAACAAACCAACCGAAUUCGAAAGUGCACAAACAGAAAACUAUGCAGAAUAUUCAACAAGUGGUAGAAUAAUUGGUGGAAAACAACAGGCUACAAUUAAGAGUAAAUAUGAGGAGGACAUGUACUAUAAUGGACAUACUAGUGUGUUUGGAUCAUACUGGGAUGCAAAGAAAGGGUGGGGAUUUAAAUGCUGUAAACAAUUUGACAGAAAAUGCUACUGUACAAACAUAUCACCAACGAGUAUUGCUACAUCGUCAUCUUCCACUAUGUCUACCACGAAUGGAGACGUUUUACCCUCAGAGAAAUCUUCCUCUGCACAAAGCACUUCUGCUACCAACAAAAUUCAACAUAGCCAACCACGAACAUCAAAUUUAACGAAUAAUACAUCUAGGCAAGAUGGUAGACAAGACGGACGGCAAGAUGGUCGAGUCGAAAAGAAAGAUUUUGCAGUUCCUAUUCCACAAGAAAAGAAGAGAAAAGUAGAAGAAAAGACGUCUUGGAAUGAGAAGAAAACCAAGUACUCUGGAUCAGAUCACCACAACUACAAUGUGACGGAGGAAGAAAUGGAAGCAUAUCGUAAAAAUAAGACACUUUUCGACGACCCAAUGAAAGAUUACAAAGAUUAA